GUUUUGCCAGGACUACAAGUACAACAGCAAAAAUCUCUUCCAAAUAUUGAGCCAGAUGAACUGGAAAAUCCUUCACCAUGUAUUGGCUCUGGAAGCUUUGGGCAGUGUCGUACAUGGUACUAUCCACGGUUUGAUAUAAACAUUGUUGAGAAGAUUAUGCCAGAUUCAAAUGAGACCACGGUUUAUAAAGAAGCACUGUAUCAGCAAAUGUUUGCCCAUAGAUGUGUGCCUCAUGUUUUUGGAAUAAACAAUACAAGGAAGCCAUAUUCCUUAUUUAUGGAGUUUGUUGGAAAGGACCUUCAAUCAUUGACAAUACACAAACUGUUGUAUGACAAACAAUCCAUGGAUAUUAUGGGAAGUAUGACAGUGCCAGAUUGGUUCAGAGUCUGUUAUGACAUUGCUAAUGCAUUACAAUACAUCCAUGAAAAGGGAUUCCUCCAUUGUGAUAUCAAAACAAACAAUGUUCUUGUGUCCCAUCACAAAAAUGG